GCAUACGUCGCUAUCAUCGUUGGUCGGAGACAGUCGGACAAUUAUCGGGCUCGUACAAGCUCGUGGUAGCAGAUUAAUUGAUCUAAAGGAACGGAAACUUUUCUUCCAUGUCCACAUGUCCGUCAAGAUAUUUGUUUUCUGAACUAUUAAUAAUUAUUUCUAAUUGAUUUAACGGUGAGUAUUACCGUCGCUGCGAUAACUUAACCUUCAAAUUUCCCUUCACCAUCAAAACUCAUCGGCAGGAAGUUAUAGUGCGGGUCUAAAGAUGAAUCGUCGGUUGCUCAUUGCUUUCGACUUUGAUAACACAAUUGCGGAUGACAAUACCGACUGUGUUAUUCGCAAACUAUUGCCAGACGAGAAGUACACGGAGUCGGUUAAGAGUAUGUACCUCUCCACUGGAUGGACCGCCUACAUGGGAAAGAUUUGCGAGUUGUUGCACGAAAAUGGAAUAACGGCGAAGCAGAUUAUAGAUGCAGUGGAAAAUAUACCUGCAGCACCUGGAAUGGAUGAGCUGUUAAAUCAACUAUAUUCCUCCGAUUGCGAGACCAUCGUUAUCAGCGAUGCUAAUUCACUCUCCAUAAACCAUUGGUUAAGGUGUAAAAAGUUGGAUCACACGAUAGCUCGGGUCUUCACCAAUCCAGCCAGAUUUGACGGCGAGGGAGUGCUGAAAAUUGAGAUGUAUCAUAAACAAGACUGGUGUAAAUUAAGUAGCGUGAAUCUGUGUAAAGGUUAUAUUUUAGAGGAUUAUAUACAACGACGAAAAGACGAGGGAGUAGAAUUCGAGAAAAUUGCUUAUGUCGGGGAUGGGCGAAAUGAUUUCUGCCCGGUCUUAAAACUUUCAGAGAAUGACUUAGCAUUCCCAAGGAAUGAUUUUCCAUUGCAAAAAAUUUUGAACAAUCCUAGUGCCGAUAAAAGCAAAAGUGUUAGUGCUAAGAUUGUAUCUUGGAGCGACGGCAUGGAUAUAUGGAAAGAACUGAAUGAAACGAUUAUUGAUUUAAAGAAUAGAAAGUGACUUGGCGUAGCCUGCUAAGCAUCGUUACUUAAAAUGUUCAAUUACUUGUAAGAACAUGAUUGCAGUCAAGUAUUCCAUAUUUCCGAAACUUAUAGCAUACUACAAAGACUAUUUAUUGAAUCGAUAUAACUACAUGGUACAAUUUACACAAGGCUGAAGAAUAAGUGUAUGCAUUUUUUUUAUCUAUAUAUUUGUAAAUUUAUUAGUAACUGUCAGUUACGUAAACUUACCCAACACUUUGAUAUGCAAACAUAUUAUCCGUGUCAGUUUAUUCCUUUGGUAAAUUGACAUGAUGCUUAAUUGUUUCCAAAACCUUUCGAUACAAGAACGAUUGCCUGUUAAAAAGGAGUAAUUAUUAAUGAUAAACAUUCUUUUAUAUCAUAACACUCCCAAUUUAUAUAGUGCAUACCAACAUGACUAUAAAAUGUAUCUCCUUAAAUUAAUAAUAUAGAAUCAGAAAUGAAUAAUA